UCCUCAACACAGGUCCUGUCUUCCACUUUGCUAGACUGAUAUUUAAUUGGAUUUCUCUCUUCCUCUCAUUCAUCCACACACAAGAUUGAAAUACUGUAAUACUGAACCUGGCUUCUGUUUAUCCAAAGUGUGAAUUGGGUUAGGAGAAAUCCAAAAUGUCUUUACCAUUCUAUCAGAGGCACCAUCAGCAUUUCGACCGAGCUUAUCGUCACAAAGAGCUAGAAUCUACACUAAGUCAAUAUCAGAAAGAAGAGAAGCGCAAAUCUGCCAUUUAUACACAUGGCUCUACUGCCUACAGUCACAGAGGUGCAUCAGCCUACCGUCAGGAAUCAGCUUUUUCUGACCAAAAGUCCACAGAAGCCAGCCAAGAAUUAAUAGAAGCUCAUGCCCACAAAUCUGCAGCUCACAGUAAACGUUCUGCAGCUUACACUCUAGGAUCUGAGUUGGUCAAUAAGAAAGCUGAAGCAUAUCAUCAUGGAUCUGAACUGAUCAAUAAGAAAGCUGAAGCAUAUCGUCUUGGUCUUGGAUAUGACGCAUACAGUCUCGGAAGCCUGGCAGAAGAUCAUACUCUAAAGUUGAGUCCUAAAGCAAAGAGAGCCAAACAAAGUGUAUUGUCAGAUGAAAAAGAAAACACCAUUAUUGAGUAUGUUGUCCCUGUGUUCAGUGGAAGAGAAAACUAUAUUAGUGGAAUUACAGAUAAAGAAGAAGAAAGAAUUAAGGAAAGUGCUGCUUAUAUUGCCAGAAGGAAUCUUUUUGCUGCUGGGGAAGGGAUCACUACAACCAAAAAGAAAAUUUCCUCUUCUGUAGAAGAAGAACACCAUGAGAAAAAAUCAAGAAAAGUAGCAAUACGGGAGACAGCUGAAAGAUUGGCUUUAAAGAAAACGAUAACAGAGACACAGGAGUUCCACAGAAAGUUAAAUGAAGAUAGCCUGCUACAUGCUCCUGAAUUUGUUAUCAAACCUCGUUCACACACUGUCUGGGAAAAACAGAAUGCCAGGUUGCACUGCACUGUGAGAGGCUGGCCAGAACCUCGUGUUACAUGGUAUAAAAACAAUGUUCCCAUCAAUAUCCAUACUCAUCCUGGUAAAUAUGAAAUCCAAAGUCGAUAUGGGAUGCACUCUUUGGAGAUUAACAAAUGUGAUUUUGAUGAUACUGCUCAGUAUCGUGCUUCUGCCAUGAAUGUCAAAGGAGAACUUUCAGCUUAUGCUUCUGUAGUAGUAAAAAGAUAUAAGAAAGGAGAGUUCGAUGAAAGUUUUUUCCAUGCUGGAACUGUCACACUGCCCUUAAGCUUUGGCCUUGGUGUUAGUCCAUACGGCUAUGCUUCCAGGUUUGAAAUACAUUUUGUGGAUGCAUUUGAUGUUUCUUUUGGAAGAGAAGGUGAGACAAUGAGUCUGGGCUGCACAGUUGUCAUUCAUCCUGAUAUUAAGCGUUUUCACCCAGAAAUCCAGUGGUACAGGAAUGGAGUUUUGAUUUCUCCAUCAAAAUGGGUUCAGAUGCAUUGGAGUGGAGAAAGAGCCUCACUGACCUUGACUCAUGCUAAUAAAGAAGAUGAAGGCCUUUAUACUCUUCGUGUGAUAAUGGGAGACUAUUAUGAGGAGUACAGUGCUUAUGUGUUUGUUGGAGAUGCUGAUGCUGAUAUAGCAGGAGUCCCUGGUUCUCCCUUAGAUGUGAAGUGUUUGGAUGCUAACAAAGAUUAUGUCAUCAUCUCUUGGAAACAACCAGCUGUUGAUGGUGGACAUCCUAUUUUAGGAUAUUUCAUUGAUAAAUGUGAAGUUGGUACCACUCACUGGUCCCAAUGCAAUGAAACACCAGUGAAGUUUGCUCGCUUCCCUGUAACAGGAUUAAUUGAAGGGCGCUCAUAUAUAUUCCGUGUCCGUGCUGUGAAUAAUGUUGGUAUCAGCAUUCCAUCACGCAUCUCAGAAUCUGUGGCAGCAUUAGAUCCUGCUGAUAGAGCCAGACUUAAAAGUCAUCCUUCUGCCCCUUGGACCGGACAGAUUAUUGUUACUGAAGAGGAACCUUCAGGUAACACAUUUUUUUGUACAGAAAUUAAUAUUUUAUUUUUAGAUCAUAUCUGCAUUGAAGCUUACUCACCAUUUUGUCUUGGCUUCUCACAUGAGACUUUAUAUAUGGACUUUGUUCCUCUUAAGUCUGAAUUGGCAGUUGAAAUUUUGGAGAAGGGUCAGGUGCGAUUCUGGCUGCAAGCUGAGAAAUUGUCUAGUAAUGCCAAAGUCAACUUUGUAUUUAAUGAUAAGGAAAUUUUCAAUGGAGAGAAAUACAAGAUGAAGAUUGAUCAUAAUUCUGGUAUGAUUGAAAUGUUUAUGGAUAAACUUGAUGAUGCGGAUGAAGGUACGUAUACCUUUCAACUUCAAGAUGGAAAAGCAACCAAUCAAUCCAGUUUGGUGCUAAUUGGUGAUGUGUUCCAGAAAUUACAGAAAGAAGCAGAUUUUCAAAGGCAAGAAUGGUUCAGGAAGCAAGGUCCACAUUUUGUUGAAUAUCUUGGAUGGGAAGUUACCCCUGAAUGUAAUGUAUUAUUGAAAUGCAAGGUUGCUAACAUUAAAAAAGAAACACACGUUAUUUGGUACAAAGAUGACAGAGAGAUAAUGGUUGAUGAAAAGCAUGAUUUUCAGGAUGGUGUAUGUACUCUGCUGAUAACAGAGUUUUCUAAGAAGGAUGCUGGUAUAUACGAAGUGAUACUGAAAGAUGAAAGAGGAAAGGACAAAAGUAUAUUGAAGCUUGUGGAAGGAGCUUUUACAGAUUUGAUGACAGAAGUUUGCAGAAAGAUUGCUUUAUCUGCAACUGAUCUGAAAAUUCAAAGCACAGCAGAGGGCAUCAGAUUAUACUCCUUUGUUAACUACUACUUGGAAGAUCUGAGAGUGGGUUGGUCACACAAUGAAGUCAAAAUUAAGUACACAGAAAGAGUUAAGACUGGUGUUACAGGAAACCAAAUCUGGUUGCAAAUUAAUGAACCAACAACAAAUGAUAAGGGCAAAUAUAUAUUGGAGCUGUUUGAUGGUAAAACUACACAUACAAAAAUGGUGGAUCUUUCUGGACAAGCAUUUGAUGAUGCCUUUGCUGAAUUCCAAAGAUUAAAAACAGCUGCUAUUGCAGAAAAAAAUCGUGCUCGUGUACUUGGAGGUCUGCCAGAUGUUGUCACUAUUCAGGAAGGCAAGGCACUUAAUCUUACAUGCAGUGUCUGGGGAAAUCCUGUCCCGGAGAUUUCAUGGCUCAAGAAUGAAAGACUCCUGAAAGCAGAUGACAAUAUCAUCUUGAAAUAUGAAUCAGGAAAACAAGCCUGCUUCACUAUUACAGCUGUCAGUACGAUUGAUUCAGGCAAAUAUAGCCUUGUAGUAAAAAACCAGUAUGGUACAGAGACAAGUGAUUUCACUGUCAGCGUGUUCAUACCUGAGGAAGGGGUUGAAAUCCCACACCCGGAACUUGGUAAAGGAGAUAAGAAAAAGAAAGCAUGAAGCAUAACUUAAGGGCACAUGUUUAUCCCUACCUUAAUAAUGUGUGUAAACUACAGGUAGUUCUUGACUUACAAUCACAAUUGGGACCAGAAUUUCGGUUGUUAAGCGAUAUGGUCAUUAAGUGAGUCAUCACAUGACCAGACCCAAUUUUACAACCAUUUUACCAUGGUCGUUAAAUGAAUCACAAGAUCAACUGAGCCAUGUGUUUUUUUAAGCCAAUCUGGUUUUUCCAAUUGAGACUGCUUGUUGAAAGCUGCCUGGUUGCAAAUUGCAAUCAUGUGACUGUGAGACACUGCAAGGCCAACUGUUGAUUGUGUGGGUGAUGUGACAGUCGCAACUUUGAGGACAAUUGUAAGUCACUUUUUCUGAGGCCAUCGUAACUUCAAGCCGUAGCUAAACGAAUAGUUGUAGGUUGAGAACUACCUGUGUUUUACCUGUAUAUAAGUUGCAUCUGGAUUCUUCCAUUAAUUUCAUUUGAGAUAUUAAAACUUGAACUAUGUUAGACAAAAGCAGUUGCCACCAUCUUCCCAUUCUGACCAUUCAAAGGUUUCUUAAUUUUUUUUCCCCUUCACCAGUCCAUAAUGAGGCAAAAUCAUCAGUUAGUGCAUGUGACAAAUAGUUGGCUAUUCUCCAAUGUCCAGGUGUUUAUGAGUAAAAAGUAUACUGCAUAUAAAUCUACAAGGAAAUGAAAGACUCAGAAUGGUUUACUGUAGUGAAAUUCUAGUAAUUCAGAAUCUAGAAAUUGUUAUACUGGUAAUCUUUGAAUUUACUAUAGCACAGUAGUAGAAAAUUAAUAUUAACUAUAUUAAUAUUGUUGUCAGCGGAAAUUUCAGUUCUGGAUAUUUCUUGUUAUUCACAAAUAAAUA